CGCGUUUCCCCGGCACGCCCGGCGGGGAGGGCCUAGAUGCGCCAGGCACCAGCCGGUCAGAGGCUCUGGCCUGCGACCUCUCGGCGAACUGCAGGCGGCGGGAGGCGGAAAGACCGAGAGACAUCAGGCGCCGGUGCGCCCCGGCCUCGGCCACUGGCAGCAACAGCGGGAUCGCGGAGGGCCCUGAGACCCAGUACGAGAUGCCGGGGGCGCCGGGACCUCGCGGGCAGCGACGAAGGCGGAGCCCCGGCCGGGCUAGGGAGGCGCGCGGAGAGCCCACCCCUCCCCCGGCCCGCCGGGGUAAACAAGGCCGCGACUCGCGCCGCGCACUUACCGGCAGCCGCGGCCCCGCGGCCGCUGAGCCCGGGCGGGCCAGACCGGGUUGGGCCAGGCCAGAAGAACCGGACCCAGGCACGGCGGCGGCGGAGGCGGCGGCGGAGGCGGCGGGCCAACGCUGGUCAAGCCCGCGCUGCUUCCUCCGGCGGAGCCGUCGCCGCAGCUCCGGAAGUGCUCGGAGCGGUUGCGUCACUUCCCGCCCGGGGUCGCCCCGCGGUCGCCGGGGUCGCGACUGGCGCUGGGUAAUAACGCCUCUCUGCGGACACUUCACUCCAGCCCAGCGCAGCGACCAGAGUACGCCCGCCGCACUGCUGGCGCCGACGGCUAGCAAAGAAGAGGCUCCUCGGAGAGCGGUCACGGCAUCGCUGCGGGCUUUCGCCUACCAGAGCCCCCGGCCCGGAUCCUUUCAACCAGGGUUUUUGUUGUUUUUUUUGAGGGACUCUCCUCACUUCACUGUACUCGGUCUCCGGAGCGGAGAAGACCUCCAGUCGUUCGUGGAGUGGAUAAAGGAUUGAUGUUUCAUGGCCGCUGUUUGAUCGAAGGAGAACUGGGUCUUCGUGUCAGCAAACCGGGCCGGGGAUUUCUACCUAGGCCGAUUCGAAGAACCACGCCAGGCUUCCGCUUCCCUCUCCGUGGCCUAGUUCGCUGCCUAAUUUCUUUGGCUUCCCAAUCACCCGAGAUUGAAUCUUAGCUACCUUGCUGCACAGUUUAUUCACACAGUAUAUAGGAAGCGCCAUUAUGACUUUCAGUACCUUCUGGGGCCUUUGUCGAGUGUUAUGGAUACACAGACAUGAAGCCUCACUUAAGUUGCUGCGGCACAACGUGGAAAAGCCGGAGUGAAGCCAGUGAUGUUAGGGAGCUUCCUCGCUGUGCAAGUCCGUAGAUAACCCAAACCAUUUCCACCCAUGCAUGAGUCGUGUAUGUGCUAAUAUUCAGGAUAUUGGUGUGUAAUGGACUCUCUUCAGUUCUUGCAUGUAUUUGUAUACAUGAUUUUCAGCGUCGUGUUUAAUUAGGAGCAUGUACCCAAAUCAAGGUACAUGAAUACUAGAAAACCAACCCCCCCACCUUAAUUUGGAGUGAAAACUAAUAAUAAUGAGUGAGUGA